CCAGCAACCAUUACCAUUGCGACCGAUUGCGACGUUUGUUCUCAACUCACCUCGCUUUGCAAUGAAAAACAGCAAAAUUGUGCACACAGUCGGAUUUUCUACCGUUUUUAUUGCUUCUCUCUGACACUUCACCGAUACCUGUAAAAAAUCCACUGACCUUGCGGGAUUGAAAAUGAUCCAGGGCGUUCGCAGCGUAGUUGGAAGAAUCGUUGAAUUUUUUAGUCCAAACAAAGAACGCAAUCGAAAAAGAAGGUAUCCAAACAAUGAAGAGGAUCUAGGUUUGCCACACUACAAUUACCAAGUUCCGAAGAUGUCAAAACUUGAUGCUGGCAUUGCUGGCAGCUCAGGUUCUGGAAAUGCUAAUGCAAUUUCCGAUCAGAUUCCCUCCACAUCCAAAAUUCCGACGUUCACAAUGUUUAACAAAAAACCCUCUGAACCUGAGAAUACUGAGGCUGAGGUUCGCAUUUUACCAAACCCAGCUGGAAGCGCUAUUACGAGCAAACUUCAUCCAGGGUUAUCCAGAAUACCCCUGGGGACCAAGCAGACUCAUGAUCAACAGAUUACUGAAACAUACAAGCAACGCUUCACCAUGGGUUCAAACAAAAGCUGGACAAACCCUAAUAUUCGGAGGAAGACCCGCGUUCUCCAUUAUCCUAAGAAUCCGUUUUCUAGCACUCCUAAGAGGAGCGACCACAGUCAACGGAUAAAUGUGCAAUCUUCAAUAAUUCGUCAGUGCAUCCGACCAACUAAUCUCUCCAAUGGCUACAAUCAUCAAGAGGUUCUGGACUAUAGGAAACUGAUCUUGGAAACUGCGUCGAAUCCUACGUUCAGGCCAUUUGUCAUGAAGGAUCAAGUCAAGCCCAAGAAAGUUCCACUGAUUGACCUGACUCUCGAUGAAAAAGAAUACAAGAAGUAUCUGGACGUCAAGCCGAGAGACAUAAAGAAACUGAACAUUGUCCCUUUAACCAAAGCAAAGGUACCGGACUUGAUCACUCUAGACAGCGACAUCAAAGUGCUGAAGACUCCUCCUGCGGUCAAAAAUACUUAUGCACAAUAUCUAAAGGGAAAAAGCAGCAUGAGGGAAGGAUUUGCUGAAGAUAUCCAAAUUGUCUAUAGCAAACAGAAGCAAGUACUUACCAAAGAACUUGAAGAGGCCAAGAAAGAGAAUGAGCUAGCUGAAGGACACAGCAAGAACGCGUUUGAGGCACAAUACGUUUCAAAGUGCAUUGCUCGUUUGGCCCUGUUUGAUACUGAAAAGGAGGAAGAAUUUCUCGAGGAAGAAGAGCAGCUGCCAGAGUUGCCAGACGAGGCUAAUGAAAUCGUGGACAGAGCUUUGUUUCCUAGACCUCCGCAAGAAGUGCUGGUGUCUGGGUUCAAUACUGACAUUACUCGCAAAGACAUCAGCACUCUUGCCGAUCGGAACUGGCUGAAUGAUGAAGUGAUCAAUUUCUACAUGGAGCUCAUUCGAGAGAGGGGAAACCUCGACAACUACCCCAAAGUUCACACUUUCAACACUUUCUUCUACCCAAAGCUGCGUCAGAGUGGCCAUCAACUUUUGAAACGGUGGACCAAAAAGGUGGACAUUUUUGCACAUGAUCUCAUUGUGAUUCCCAUUCAUCUUGGAGUGCACUGGUGUAUGUCAAUUCUGGACAUGAAGAAUAAAACUGCCCACUAUUUUGAUAGCAUGCUUACCUCAAAUCCAGCUGUUCUUACAUUGCUACUAAAAUAUUUGGAAGACGAAAGUCUUGAUAAGAAGAAAGCACGCUAUGACACAUCGUCUUGGAAGGUUGUGCAGGAAAAGGAUAUUCCACAGCAACACAAUGGUUAUGAUUGUGGUGUGUUUGCGUGCAUGUUUGCGGAGGCUGCUUCUCGACGGGGGAAAUACCUCUUUACUCAGGAUGACAUGCCGCUGUUAAGGAGGAGAAUGGUGUUUGAAAUUCUAACCAAAAAACUACUUGCUUAGUGCAGAUUUUCUUUGUGCCUUUCUAGAGUUUAUUUUAGUAUAAUUCAGGAUGAUAAUUUUUUCAAGCUUAAUGCUAAGUUUGAACUUGUGAAUGAACGAAACUAAGAAUUCCGAGGAAUGCUAUUUACAACAUGAUAAAGAAAGAUUUGUUGUUGAAAAUCAUAAAUUUCUGAUUGUAAAGAAUAUUAUUCUUAUUAUUUGAACAUAGUCCCACCGGCAAAUAUCAAAAAAGCAAGUUUGUUUAAAAAUAUCCAAGCAAUUUUGGAUGUUAAAAAAAACUGAGCACACUAUUAAAUUCUCUUCCAAAUACAGUGCAACAAAAAUUCAAUAAAGAGCUUGUUUGUAUUAGCAGGCCCAAUCAGCAUUUGAUUUUUAUCUUUUG